AUGAGCUAUCAGCUAGCCCCGCUCUGCCUGCUGACCCUGCUGCUGCCACCUCCCAGGCCGGGGGCCCCCGUCUCCCCAGCAGAGCCCAUCAGUCAAGCCUACAGCCUGGCCCUCUACAUGCAGAAGAAUACAUCAACACUGCUGCAGACUUACCUCCAGUACCAGGGCAGCCCCUUCAGCGACCCUGGCUUCUCAGCACCUGAGCUUCAGCUCAGCAGCCUGCCUCCUGCCGCUGUCUCUUUCAAGAUCUGGCAUGCCCUGGAUGACGAGGAGCGGCUGGGCCAUGCCCAGGGGGCCUUCCUGGCCUUGACCCAGCACCUCCAGCUCGUGGGGGAUGACCAGAGAGACCUGAACCCUGGCAGUCCUAUCCUGCUGGCUCAGCUUGGGGCAGCAAGACUCAGGGCCCAAGGCCUGCUGGGCAACAUGGCUGCCAUCAUGACUGCCCUGGGCUUGCCCAUCCCCCCAGAAGAGGACACUCUUGGGGUUGUCCCCUUUGGGGCCUCAGCCUUUGAGAGGAAAUGUCGAGGCUAUGUAGUGACCCGGGAAUAUGGCCAGUGGACGGACAGAGCUGUGAGGGACUUGGCUCUGCUCAAAGCCAAAUACCCUGGAUAGAGGAGGCAGGACUUCCUGUCAGAGGCUGUAAUACUUCUUUCCCAAUUACUCUUUUUCUGGCUUGCUUCUUGGCUAGAAAGGAGACACGUCUUGUCUAGCAGACAGGGCAUGUAUAUUUGGGAGCAUUUCCUAGGA